CUUUUAACUAUUUCUCUCGAACAUCUUCUCUAGGAAUGUCGACCACAAUGCCCGAGGAGAUAUUCGAGAAAUAUCCAUCCCUAAAGAAGUUCAAGGACGAAGGGUAUUCAGAGUGGAAAGGCGGUCGAGAACGUGCACUCCUCGCGUACAUCAAACAACACUCCGAGUUCGCACAAAUGCAUGAUAGCCCGUCGAAGGUGUUGAAGGCCAUGGAUGACUUCGCCAGCCAAGAGGAUUUCCUGAUCAACAUCGGAAGCGACAAAGGCCGCAUUGUAGCCGACCUCCUCACUGAAAAUAAACCAAAAGUUCUAGUUGAGCUGGGCGGAUACGUCGGAUACUCAGCGAUCCUGUUCGCAGACCAAAUGCGGAGGAGUGCAGGAACUGACCGCCCGCCCCGCCUCUGGAGCCUCGAAUUUGAACCAGAAUUCGCUGCUAUCGCAAAGGAGCUGAUCGCCAUUGCCGGGCUCACGGAAGUUGUCACCGUUGUGACAGGACCUGCUGAUGAGUCGCUUCGGAAUUUGAAGGCUGACGGCGAGUUGGAGCAUAUCGAUUUCCUGUUUAUAGAUCAUGUCGAGGAUCUGUAUGAGCAGGAUCUUAAGGUUUGCGAGGAGCUUGGGUUGCUGAAGACGGGUUCCGUUGUAGUGGCUGAUAAUGUGGUGAGACCAGGCGCGCCAAAAUAUAGAGAAUAUGUGAGGGGUCACCCAGGGCUGAGGAGCUGGGGUGUGAGGGGACUGAUAAUGCCUGGAGAGUUAGAAGACGAACUGGAAGUGAGUGAAAUGUUGUGACGGAGUCGUUUUUAGCUCACAAAGUCUCUUCCUAUUAUUGAGUGUUCAACAUUACUAUAAGUGUUUUGAUUCGGGAGACGCACAAGC